GGUGAAAGUGAUCCAACACUCGGCCGACGCGACGGAUGCUGAAAUCUGUGCGGAACACCGAUGUGAAAUAGAUGUAGAGAGUGGGAAAGCUCGAGAAUAAUUCGAUACAAACGUCGAGGCGAUUGCUUUGAGUUGCAAAUAUCGUGGACAGGGAGAUCCGUCCGUCAAAGCGAAUGUUGCCUCCGACUUCCGGUGAAGUGGAUCCCCUGAAGGACCUCGGAAAUACAAUUGACAAAGCUUCACGGUCUGCCAAUUCGUGCGGAGUGACAUCGGAGGUAAUAAUAUUUGGAACAUGGUAGAAAGCAUCUUCGCCGGCGAUUCCCCAAAAUCAAGAUCCUCGAUGACCGAACCUUCCAGCCCUGUUCAGGACGGACCAGGACUUUCUGGGUACAGUCACGCCUACUUGUACGGCUACGGGGCCGACACCUUGCAGCAAAAGAUCAAGUCCGAAUCCCAGAUAAUCCAGUCGUCAAGAGAUCAUGCGGAUCUCGAUCGCGAACGCGUAUUUUCCAGGAAUAUCCACAGUCCCGCGAGCCCUGACCAAUUGAAUUACCGUCCGUCCGUCUCCAGGCCCAGCUCUUCGGCUACCAUGUCUUCGCCCACGUCCAUAUUCACCAUUGACAGUAUCCUCGCCCCUCGCACAGGUGGCAACGUCACCCCGACGAGCUCCGGGAGUUUGUCAACCCUGCCGAAUGCCGAACCAAUUAACUCGCCGCCGAGGACAGCCACCAUGCAUCCCCUUCAGCAGCAGCUCCAUCACUUGGCGUUCACGUCUGCAGAUUUUCUAGCUGCCGCCUAUCCGGGAUUGUAUCCUGGAGGUUACGUCGCUGCGAUGGCAGCGGCCGGUGUUUCGCUCCACGGGCAACCGGCUUUUUAUCACGCGACGCAUCCUUAUCACAUGAAUCCAGGAGUUCCGGGGGCUGGACCGAUGACCAAGAGGAAACGGCGCCAUCGUACAAUAUUCACCGAAGAACAAUUGGAGCAGCUGGAAGCGACUUUCGACAAAACUCAUUACCCCGAUGUCUUGCUCAGAGAGCAGCUGGCCCUUCAGGUUGAUCUGAAGGAAGAGCGCAUCGAAGUGUGGUUCAAAAACAGACGGGCCAAGUGGCGUAAGCAAAAAAGAGAGGAACAGGAAAGGCUUCGUAAGCUGCAGCUCGAACAACGGCAACGUACCGACGACGCUGUCGUCAUGUCGCCAAUAAGAGUCGCGAAUCAUCUCACCCUUAGGAAAGAUCCCCAUGACCAGGAUACCGAUAGCUCUGAUCUCGAAGUGGCGUAGUCUUCGAAAACAACCUCGCAAACAGACUCAUGUCUUGUCGCGUACACCAGCGUGCAUGCUUUCACGAUUUAGAAAUUUGAAAUUAAGAUUUCGCGGGAUGCGGUAUUCGGUCGUAUCUCAUUCUCAGCCGAGUGUAAAUAAGAUGUAUAUAUGCCUGUAAAUACUGAUAAACUAUGAAUGUAGAGAAAUUAAUAAAUUAUUGUUCG